AUGGUGCUAGAAGAUGCUAUGGCAUUCUCGCAAUUAGGUAUAAUGCACCCUAGUAUUAUAAGCCCACGAAAUUUAGUUUUGGAACUUAGUAAUUUGCAGAAUGACUUUUCACUUUAUCCAGUCGAGGAGAUCAGUAUUGAUAAUAUUCAUAAGAUAGAAAAGUCUAUUAGCGUUAAAGCCUAUAGCACAGAAUAUUCUUUAACAUUUAUAUUAGAAAUCCCAUCCGUCCAACCUAUAUUAUAUGAUUAUAUACACAUAUAUUCCCUGCCAAACAACCUAAACCUGACCAUUAUACCCAAAUCCAAAUUCUUCGCACUUGGAAGCGAUGAGUACGCCUACCUGGAAGAAGAUUGCAAGAAGCUGUCAGAAGAUACCUGGCUCUGCAAAUCACUGGAUACUAGAGUCAUAGAGAAAUCUGAAGAUUGCAUCAUCUCACUCAUCAAGCAUAAAGAUGGUAACUGCACUCGUGCGCGCAUGAAUCUGAAGCGAGGAAAAUUGCAGAAGAUCAAAGAAAAUAAGUGGUUGGUAGUAUCAACGGAACCAGAAAUUAUAAAAACCCAAUGCGGACAGAAAACAGAAUAUAGGAAACUAUCAGGAACAUUUUUCAUCAACCUAAUACAGGACUGUCAAGUUAAGAUCAUGAAUACAACAAUAAGAACACACACCAGCAGCAUCUCGAUGGACGAAGUCAUCCCUCUACCCAACGAGAACCUAAUAAACCAGGAAGAAGUCCAGUACGAAAUACAUCUGGAAGACAUCUCACUAGAUAGUAUCCAUGAACUUAUGAACAAGGUUGAAGACAUUCAAGAAAUAGAAAACUGGAACUGGUCUUAUAUUAUGGCAAUCCCCAGCUGGUCUACAGUGCUCCUCUACAUACUAGCAGCAUCUAUUGCAAUCUGGAAGAUAUACGAGGUGGCCCAGAAAGACCGAACAAAUCGCGAGGACGCUCCUGGAAGCUGCAGAACUAGCUUCCAACUUAAGAAGGGAAGAGUUAACGUGUCGUAA